CCCACCUAUGACUAGCCCUGCACAGGUAGCAGUCAUCCAGUAAAGUCAUCAUCAGUACAAAUACUUGAGAGAAAGGGCAUUGAGAUGAGUAACAACCUUGAAGAUUCGUUUUGAUGUUUACAUAUGAGAUGAAUUCUGAAGGACACCGGAUGUGCUCAAGGAGACCAGCCAUGCAUAAGGUGACUGGUGGUCACGUCUCUACAUCCUUACCUUGACUUUCUUUGUUAUAUAAGCCAGGUUAUAUAAGGGCGAGCGGACGGCAAAAUAGAUCACUGUUCACGACCUUCUUCAGAAGGCAACCUCUUCGUGGCUGGUCCAGUCGCAAGCAGACCUCACUGGUGGCGCUGUAGUCACAACACCCGCACUUGUCUUCUUCACACACAGAGAUGAAGGGGAAGGUUCAGAAGCCUCGCUGCCUCGCUAACUUCGCCUCCAAGGCUGAGUUUGUCGACACACUCCAGCUUCACGCCACACAGAAGGGCGAGUGUGAUGAGCAGGUGUGCAAUGGGUCCCUGAUGAAUAUCAGGAGGAUGAGCAACAAGCCCAGACCACCGGCCGAGGUGAUGACCCAAGCCAAAGAGUUCUUAGAUCAAUACUUCACCUCCCUAAAGAAGUUCGAGAGCGAGGAGCACCAGAGUCGGUGGAGGGAGGUGGAGGCGAGCGUGCGCGCGCGCGGCACCUACCGCCUCAACACACAAGAGAUGGAGUAUGGCACCAAGCUGGCCUGGAGGAACGCCCCCAGGUGUAUUGGCAGGAUUAACUGGACCAGACUUGAGGUGUUUGACGCCCGUGAUGUUACAACCCCUCAAGAAAUGUUUGAUGCUCUCUGCACACAUAUUAAAUAUGCUUCAAACGAUGGAAACAUCAGGUCGGCCAUCACAGUGUUCCCGGAGCGACGACCCGGCCGGCGGGACUUUCGCGUCUGGAACCAACAGCUCAUCAGUUACGCCGGCUACGCCAACCCUGACGGCUCCGUCACUGGGGACCCCGCCUACGUCGCCUUCACUCAGAUGUGUGAGGGUCUGGGGUGGAAGGGAGCUGGCGGGAGGUUCGACGUGCUCCCUCUGGUGCUCUCAGCCGCGACCGGCGAGGCUCAGUGUUUCCCCAUCCCCGAUGAUCUGGUGCUUCGUGUCUCUAUCCACCAUCCCAGGUACGAGUGGUUCCAGGAGCUGGGCUUGGAGUGGUUUGGUGUGCCCGCGGUCUCCUCCAUGAUGUUUGACUGUGGCGGCGUCCAGUUCCCCGCCGCCCCCUUCAACGGCUGGUACAUGUCCACGGAGAUAGCCAUCAGGGACCUCUGCGACCCACAGCGGUACAACCUGAUCCAGACGAUAGGUGAGAAAAUGGGUCUAGACACUAGGUCUAACAUCACGCUCUGGAGGGACGCCGCUGCCCUUGAGCUCCACCAUGCUGUCCUCCACUCCUACAAGGAAAGGAAGGUGACUCUGAUGGACCACUACACGGCGGCCGAGUCCUACAUGCAGUUCUCCGAGAACGAGCAUCGGCAGCGGGGCGGGUGUCCGGCCGACUGGGUGUGGAUUGUGCCGCCCGUGUCCGGCUCCCUUACGCCCGUCUUCCACCAGGAGAUGUCGCUCUACUACCUCAAGCCCGCCUACGAGUACCAGGAGCCCGCCUGGGUCACCUACGCCCGCUACGAGAGGGAGCUGCAGGGAAGAGACGCCUCCCUCGGUAUUAAACUGUUUAGGAAGGCUGCACUGUGUGUGGUGUUCGCCAGCACCCUCUACAGCGCCGCCCUCAGCCGCCGCGCCCGCGUCACCAUCCUCUACGCCACCGAGACUGGCAAGUCUCAACUCUUCGCCAAGACUCUCGCUGACGCCUUCAAACGUAACUUCAACCCCAAGGUGAUGUGUAUGGAAGACUACGAGGUGACCAGGACCAACCUGAGCGCUGAAGCUCUCCUGCUGGUGGUGGCCGCCACUACUGGUGCAGGAGAUCCUCCCCAGAACGGCCAGGAGUUCGUCAAGGACCUCUACCGGCUGCAGGAGGAGCUGGGCCCUGGACACAAUGGUCUAAACAAACUGUCAUUCCAAGAAGACUACAACCAGUUUAAAAUGACCACCACCAGUAGUAUACCUGAAGAAGGAGCAGUUAGUCAGAGAACAGUGGAAGAGAUGGACCAGAAAAAGAUGGGCAGUAUCGCUAGGCUACUGCGACGGUUGGGUCGGCGCCAGGAGUCCCUGCAAGACUUAGAGAGUCGGAACUUGGAGUACAGCACAGCCCCGGCCUUCAAAUUCGCGGUGUUCGCUCUUGGCUCCAGCAACUACAUUCACUUCUGCUCCUUCGGGAAGUAUGUGGACCGCCUGCUGAAGCUGUCUGGAGGAGAGCGCCUAAUGAAGCUGGCCUGUGGCGACGACCUGGACGACCAGGAGCGGUCCUUCAACACCUGGUCCACACACCUGCUCAAGGUGGCGGGUGAGGCGAUGGGUGUUGGGGAGGUCCAGGUGUCGACCCUCAAGGUGGAGGAACUGACUGCCGACACUGUCAAGCUCUCUCCAGUCAACUACAUCACUCCUCUCACACAGGGUUUGUCGCAAGUACACGGGAGGAAGAUCCAGAGCUUCCAGGUGCUGGAGUCAAAGAUUCUUCACGAGGAAGGAGACAGGUGGUCACAGAUGGUGGAGGUGCAGGUGGGGGAUGCUACAGGCCUGAAGUUCCAGCCCGGGGACCACGUCGGGCUGUUGCCAGUAAACAAACCAGUCAUGGUGACCGCCCUUAUUUCCAGACUGCUCCGCUCUACCGAAGUUAACAAGCCAGUCCAGAUCUUCCUCAAACAACGCCAAGGAGCCACAGGAGUGAGUUGGGAGCCUCACCCACACCUGCCCGUCGCCAGCGUCCGGGACCUGUUGUCUCGCUACCUGGACAUUACCACGCCCCCCACGCCCGCCUUCCUCCUCCUCCUGGCCGCCCACGCCACCAACAACCGCCACGCCACCCGUCUCAUCCAACUGGCCACGGACCCUGAGGAGUACCAGCAGUGGAAGUCCAGGCAUUAUCCGCACCUGCUGGAGGUGUUGGAGGAGUUCCCCAGCGUGAAGGUGGAGGCAGGAGUGGUGGUGAGCGCCCUGCCACUCCUCCAGCCGAGGUAUUACUCCAUCAGCACCUCCCCGGACCUCCACCCAGGCCUCCUGCACCUCACCAUCUCAGGCCUCCAGUACCGCACACGAGGAGGAGCCGGCGCCGUGCACCAGGGCGUCGCCACCGGCUUCCUCAAGUACAUCGCACCCACCGACACCCUCGAACUCUUCCAUAGAAGUGCUACCAACUUCCACUUGCCGAAGAACCCCAGAGUACCUGUGGUGAUGAUCGCGGCUGGCAGCGGGAUUGCUCCCUUCAGAGGCUUCUGGCAACACUAUCACCACGUGAGAACUCAGCGUAAAGGAGUGGCCGGGGAGCUGGUGCUGUACUACGGCUGCCGGACCAUCGCAGAGGACCUGUAUGAGGACGAAAAAUGGUCCAUGGUGCGCUCGGGAGCCAUCAGUCAGCAGCACCUGGCCCUCUCCAGACACCCCACGGUCCCCAAGAUGUACGUGCAAGAUCUGCUGGUGAUGUACGGGAGGGAGGUCCAGAGGCACCUGCUGGAGGAGGAGGGCCACGUCUAUGUCUGCGGCAGCGAGGCCAUGGCCCGUGAUGUGCACAACACCCUCGCUGCCAUACUCCAGCACAACUCCCGCCUCUCCCUCCACCAGGCCAUCGCCUUCCUCACUAAGCUCAAGGAAGAAAAUCGUUAUCACGAAGACAUAUUUGGCGUCCGUCUGCAGAAGUGAUGACCGAGCGAGGAGACCAGACCAGUGGUGUACACGGUGUGCAAGACCAGACCAGUGGUGUACACGGUGUGCAAGACCAGACCAGUGGUGUACACGGUGUGCAAGACCAGACCAGUGGUGUACACGGUGUGCAAGACCAGACCGGGACUUAGUUAUAUUAAGCUAGAUUAGGUUAGGUUAGGUAAGUUAGUCUUGAUAAUUUUUCUGUUAGUUUUAACUCAAGUAAAAAAACAUCAUAUAUAAUACAAUGGAAAGGUUUAUCAUUCCAUGCUAUUUUUUUUAAUAUAGUAUUUCAUGAAAAUUUGGUCUGUUAGGCAACUUGGGCAGUAGGUACAAGAAACAGUUUCAAUCAAGUGAGACACAAGGAUAGCUGGGAGUCUGCUGUACCUGGAGUCUGCUGUACCUGGAGUCUGCAGUACCU